CAGCCUGAGACCGUGCAGAACUUUGUCUCUGUGUUUGGCACAGUGGCCAAGAAGCUGAUGAGGAAGUGGUUGGCGACACAGACCAUGAACUUCACCAGCCAGCUGGAGGCGGGCAUCCGCUUCUUUGACCUCCGCAUAUCCACCAAACCCAGAGACCCCGAAAAUGAGCUCUACUUUGCACACGGCCUGUUCAGCGCCACCGUACGUGAAGGCCUGGAGCAGAUCAGCACCUUCCUGGCCUCCCACGCUCGCGAGGUUGUGUUCCUGGACUUCAACCACUUCUACGGAGUACAGAACCUCCAUCACGAGAAGCUGGUCCAGAUGCUGCGCACCAUCUUCGGGGACCGACUCUGUCCAGUAGUGUUUGCUCAAGAGGUAAGCCUGAAGUACCUCUGGGAGAAAGAGUAUCAGGUGCUGGUCUUCUAUCACAAUCCCAUGGCUCUGGAGGUUCCUUUCCUGUGGCCGGGUCAGAUGAUGCCCUCUCCUUGGGCCAAUACCACAGAUCCUGAGAAGCUCAUUCAGUUCCUUCAAGCCUCAGUAAAGGAUCGGAGACGUAAGGGCACCUUUUUUGUCUCCCAAGUGGUUCUCACUCCCAAAGCAAGCACCGUCAUGAAGGGUGUCACCAGCGGUCUGAGGGAGACCAUCACAGAGAGGUAG